AUGAAACACCACGCUGUGUGCUGUGCCGAAACAUCCACUGACUGCCCUGGGCGAAGCCUUUUGGCAGCGGCAUGCGGCGACGGAACGAUCCGCAUCUUCCACGUGUCCACCGGACGCCUGGCAUACAACUUGCAGAGCAGCUCGUCGCAGUCUCUACCGACCACGUCGCUGCGAUUCAGGCCAGCCAUAGCUCAGAGUAAGACGAGGAACGUCCUGGUGUCUUGCAACGCUGGGGGAGAGAUCCAGCACUGGCAUAUCACCUCCGGGAAGUGUCUGAGCACGAUCAAGGAGGAAGAUCAGUUCUAUGCCCUCGACUAUCGCAAAGACGGGAGCGUGUUCGCCGCCACCGGGAAGAAUCACACGGUACACAUUUAUGACGAGACGACGAAGCACGAGAUUUCCCUGCUGCAGGGAGGCAGCGGCUACGGCUCGAGCUCGGCACCGGGCCACUCCAACCGAGUCUUCGCCGUCAAGUUCCACCCCGAAGAUCCCGAGGUGCUCCUGACUGCAGGGUGGGACAACACCGUCCAGUUCUGGGACAUGAGGGUGGGACACUCGGUGAGGAGCAUAUUCGGCCCGCACAUUAGUGGCGACUCGUUGGACAUUUGCGGGAACGAGAUUCUCACAGGGUCCUGGCGGCCAAACAACCCGCUCGAAAUCUGGGACUACAGGACGGCAGAGCUGAAGGAGACCAUCUCAUGGAAUCGGUCGUCCGCCCAGGGAGUACAACCGACGUUGUUGUACACGGCCCAGUUUAGCAACACCGCGGAUGGAGGACGGUAUAUCGCAGCUGGGGGGAGUGGAGCGAACGAGGCCAAGAUAUUUGACCAUACCGCCAACAACCAGCUCGUCGGGACGGUGACCGGCUUGCCUCGCGGGGUGUUUACAGUGGAUUUCUCCCCUUCCCCAGAUGCGAAGAAGGUGGCGGUGGCAGGAGGGGACGCGUCGAUUCGCAUCAUCGACAUUGUCGAAGAGAAGACGGCUGACGUUUACUAACUAGUAGAGGGUUCAACCCCGUGUUUAUUUCUGGUGUAAUCACACUUAUGGAAUGGCACCUCCAGUUGCUGUCUCGCAGUUCUUGGCAGUUUUCCUUGGGAAAUCUCCGCACCAUGACGGACCGCGUGGUUGGUGUAUUGUUGGAAAGUGAUAUUAUCAUUUUCAGUUUGCGGCUGGGGAAUAGUCGAGGGAGCGCAAGGCGAACGGCAUUCUUGAUUGUGGAAUAGCACAUCCAUGCAGACACACCGUGUUUUCACCAGCAAGCGUCAGAACUGUAGCAGCAAGAUUUCAGCGACUGAAGUGCCCUUGAAAGAGUUUUCAACCGGGCGAGCAGCUGCGGGGCGCUUAAGGCAUGAAGCAGUAUUUCGGUGGGAUCUGUGUUGCUAUCUGUUGAUGCUGCACAGCAGAUUAUUAUAGUCGCCUGCCUCGAGGGGGGGGAUCUGGUGUAUGUGUUAACGCAAGUUUUUUCAGAGAGACGGCGCUUGUUGUUACACGCCAUGAUCAGGUGUUCUCGGACCGUUGUCAAUCGUCCCCUUGCGUGGUUAAUGUGUUCUCCGCAAA